GUUCAAAGGCCACGACAAUGGCCAGACCCAUGGUUAAUCCAUCAGGCACAAUAUUAGUUCCCUCACCGCCCGGACAUUCGAAUCUCCAGGUUCUCUCCGCUUCGGCGCACCUCCGACAUGCACUUUCCUUCUAGUUUAGUCCCCCAUAUAAAAGAUAAACCACCCUCAACAAACGUAGCCAUAGCCAGAGAAGAUCAGACAGAAAAUCAAAAACAGCACAGUAAACAAACCAAAGAGACCGAUCCAAAAUGCCCGAAAUAAUUGACGACAAAUCCCAACACUGCAUCCCGUUCCUCCUGGAGCGAUUAAAAGCCCACCAAGAGCGAUUCGGCAACGACCCGGCCAGAACCUCACCAUUCUUUCUAGGGUUGAAUGGCGUCCAGGGAGCCGGAAAGACGGUGUUGGUGUCUACCCUACAAUCGACUCUCCGUUCCCCGCCAUACUCCCUCCCCGUCAUCACCCUCUCGCUCGACGAUCUAUACCUCACCCAUGAGGACCAGGUCAACCUCGCCAAGUCGCACCCUUUAAACCCACUACUGCAGCAUCGCGGCCAACCGGGUACCCAUGAUCUGCCAUUAGCCAAGGAGGUCUUUGAAUCUCUCCGCGCGGGCCGAGCCACGGCUAUUCCGCAGUAUGAUAAAUCGGCGUUUGCGGGGCAGGGCGAUCGCGUACCCGAGUCGCAAUGGGAGACUGUUAAUGGUGAGGGGCAGGAGCAGAUAAAGGUAAUCAUUUUCGAGGGUUGGUGUGUAGGUUUCCGUGCGCUGAGUGAUCAGCUCCUGUGCGAGACGUGGGAUGAUGCUGUUUUGCGGAAAGAGAAGGGUGACUAUGAUGGACGGCUGGGACAUGUGCCGUUUGAGGCUGUCAAGGCUGUCAAUGAUGCGCUGAGGGAAUACGAUCUCAUCACUGAUCAGUUGGAUGCUUUGAUUCAUAUUGAUGCCCAAGACCUACACUUCGUCUAUGACUGGCGUCAGGAACAAGAAAGGACGCUCCUUGCUGCCAAAGGAACGGGUAUGACCCCGGAACAGGUCACUCACUUCGUCAAUGGCUAUUACCCUUCAUAUGAACUGUUCACCGAAGGCCUCCGAGCAGGUACCUUCAGGCCUGUUCAACAUACAACAACCUCAUCUGAGGCUUCAGCAGACUGGCAGAACAGACAGCUUCAUUUGAUCGUCGACAAGAAUCGAAAAGUCCAAGAAGUUCGCAAGAUAUAGGAGUCAUCGUUCAAGAGAUACUUGCUGCAAUACCAAUUCAAUCCAAUAUAUUAGCCAAAUAUAUCCUACCGUCUGUCUGUGCAGAUUCCCAACCACAUAUACAAUGAAUAUCGACAGACAUGGCCCGAAAGCAGAUCAACCAUCUCACUGGCCACGACGAUCAACAUUAGAUGUCGUCACACGUAGAUCUAAAUCUAUACCAAACGCCAGUUGGAAACCCAAACGCCGAUGCCAACCUUAAAGAGGGUUGAGUGGAGAGUGGAUAACAAAAGGAUUAAGAAAGGCGAUAAAGAGAUAAACGCGCAAAAAAAGAAAAAAA